AUGAUACUCUUCAUUUUUCUUCUCUUUUGGACAUUUCAUAAUUUUACAAUUUGUAUUCAUGGAGUUGAAACCAAUCUUGCCAAUUUAACAGUGAAUCAAGCUGAAGUAUGGCUUAAAGCAGUUUCUGAAAUAAACAACGUAGCUCAAGAACCACGUAUUGAAAUCAUUCAUUUGGGUCAUGGAAUCGAAAUUCCUUUAUAUAAUGAUCGAAAUAAUAUAUCUUAUCAAAAUCGUCAUUUAUUCAAACAAAAUAUACACAAACGAGUUGAUUAUUAUCUAUAUGAAAAUCAACUUAAUCCUUCUAUUUCAUCAAACAUUUAUGAUAAAUGUCAUGGAACAUUAUCUUCAAAACAAGCUCUAGAACAUGUAGCAGGUAUAUACGUAUAUACAGGUAAUUCAACAAGUUAUGGUCUUGGAAUCAUUACUGUUGAAACAAUAAAUUCAUUUCAAUGGUUUAAUAAUACAGAAUUUUAUUUAUUUGAUAAUCAAUCACGUUUACAAAAUGGUACAAAACUUGUACUUGGCUUUGAAACAAUGAUUUAUUAUAAUUUAAAUAGUGAUUUAAUAUUAUAUAAUAAAAAAAUUAAUCAUAUUAUUCAACAAGCAAAUAUAUCAAUUAAAUAUGAUAAUAAUAAUAAUCUUGAAACAUUUAUUCUAAUGGAAAAUUUAUCUUGUCAACGACAUGAACGUAUUGUUUAUGAUGAUUUACGUUCACUUGUUUUUGCUUGUACUAUUCAAGUUACAUUUAAAUGUCCACUUCAAAUUGGUUCGGCUUGUUGGCUUGAAAAUAAAAAAAUAUCAAACAUUCAUUUAAAUAUCAAUUCAUUUUCGUUCAUCAGUGAUCGAACAAUAAGCGUACGAAUUGAUGUUUAG